UGUCCUCAGGCAGAGAAUCACAGUCAUUGACAGUAGAGGGACAACUGAAGAUCAGCCAUGAAGCUGUUUCCACAUCAUCCUGUUAUUUGGUCCAGUUUGUUGGUUUUGUGGUUCACACAAUGUGAAUCUGAGGGCCACACUUUGAAUGCCUGUCAAGAGAAAAUGGAUGACCAGUACGAGUUGGGUAUGGUUCUCAUACGGACUUCAGCUCAGCAGGAUUCCUAUGAAGACCUUACAGAUAUAAAGGAGAAGUUUAUCUGCCUCCUCUACCCGACAAAUGAGCUCAACUGCUCCUGGUCAUUCAACACUUUAGAGAAGGAUACUAAGCUCUCUGUGUUUAUCAGUGUCUGUAAUGAGGAAACAGCAAUUAAGUCUCUAAGCCGUACUUUUGCGGAAAGAGUUGGAUCGAUGUCCUUGACUGUCAGCGAGGAAAUAUCAGGCGUAGUCUUACAUUUUAACAUGUCCCUGCACAACUGGAUAUCUUACACCUACGUUUAUGACAUGGACACACUAGAGCAUCUUCCUCCACCUGCUAACAUCUCUGCAUCGUUCAAUAAUGAUAACCUUCCCACUGUCACACCGUCGAUGGAACGGUCAGAUUCUGUGCUCAAGCCUGUGGUGAUAGUCUUCAUUUGUCUCGGAGUACCCAUGGGCCUGCUGGCUUUGCUGCUGUUUGUGCGCUAUCAGAGGGUGACUAAGGUCCUUUUUCCUCCGAUUCCUCACCCCCCAGCAAAGUACAAAUAUUUCCUGGAAAAAAGUGAUGCAUUUAAUUUUUUCUAUUCUACCCCAUCGGCUAAGCCUGAAGAAGUGAUCACUGAGGUUGAAGACACUGGGAAAAACCCUGGGAAGUAAUACAGGAUGCACAGGUUGAAGAAGAAGAACAACUUUCAUUAUAUCUAAAUGUAUAGCCUGUCUAGUUUUUCUUAUAUGAUAUUUCAUUUCAGGAGGCGUAUACAGGUGUUAAAUACAUGCAAAGGUUGUGUUUAUGCAUUUCUAUGUAUAGCCUUGUAAUCUAGCCUUUCAGAUCUAUAUAUACCUUUUAUACCUUUUGAUACAUAUAAAGAGUGCAUACCAAUGUAACAACAGUACAAAGGUUAACUUUGUAUGUCUUUUUUAAAUAUGUGAAAUAAGGUUGGGGGAUGAAUAUUCAUUAGCUGUUUUGAAUCUCAUUCAUACAGCCUCAUUCAUCUUAAGCCUUCUUUUUAGAUGAGUGGUGACUUUGGAGUAGUUUAGCCUCUUAAGUGCAUCCCAAUAAAAGCAAAUAUGGUAUAUUUAGAGAACUAUUAAAAGUGCGAAUUAAAAUUAAAAAUUAAAAAAAAGAAGAUGAGGACUAAAGGGGAAACACGAACAUGGGUCAGCCAUGGGAGUCAAGCCAGCCUUGAUAAAAUGUGAGAUUUUAAACAAAAUGUGAAUAAAGCCAAGUUAACCUCAAA